AGCAUUCAAUUUUUGGCUAAAAAAGCCAAGUGAAAUUAAUUAAUUUCAUUUGUUUCAAUUCAUUUUCUUUGUUAAAUCUCAGAUAUAUCAAAGAUGAUACACGCCAAGUCCGAAACAGAUUCAACAACAAGUUUAGCACCAUCAUCACCAAGAUCUCCAAAACGACCUGUGUACUACGUACAGAGUCCUUCUCGUGACUCUCACGAUGGCGACAAAUCUUCGUCCAUGCAAGCCACACCGGCCUUCAAUAGCCCCAUGGAAUCCCCUUCUCAUUCAUCGUCCAUGUUUGGGCCCCAUUCUCGAGCUUCUUCGGCCAGUCGGGUCUCCGGGAUGUUCCGGUCAUCGAAGGUGAAUCGGAAAAGGAAUGAGAAGGGGUGGCGGGAGUUCAAUGUGAUUGAAGAAGAGGGAGAUUAUGAUGACAUGUAUGAUGAAAAAGCGUAUACUAGGCGUUGCCGGUGUUUUAUUGCUAUUGUGGGCUUCGUUUUGGUCUUCACCUUGUUCUGUCUCGUCAUUUGGGGUGCUAGUAGGCCUUACCGGACAAAGGUUGCUGUGAAGAGUCUGACGGUGAACAAUUUCUACUAUGGCCAAGGUUCAGAUUGGACAGGGGUUCCAACCAAGAUACUGACCAUAAACUGUUCUGUGAAGAUGAUCGUAGACAAUCCCGCGACAUUUUUUGGUAUCCAUGUCAGCUCCACCCCUGUUACUCUCAUCUAUUCAGAGCUUACAGUAGCAACUGGUCAGCUUAAGGCAUCCAUCUCUUUACUUGAAUUUAUGUGA